AUGGGCUGCGGGCCUUCCCGGCGCGCCCCGGACCGGCGAGGCGGGCCGGCGCCCAGGAGGGGCUGGGAAGAACCACCCAAGGCUGGUGUCAGGGUGACUCCUUCUGGGGAGAAUUGCCACCUGGAGACUGAGGCUUCAUGGCCCCAGGCCACUGUGAAUAAUGCUGAAAGCCUGGAUCAACAAGCUCAGAUGGGAAGCUUGCCUGGAACUAUUCCAGAACAUUCUCCAUCUCCCAGUCAAAGAAAUGGAAUAGUAAAUUCAGACCCAGUGACCAAUGGAUUCACGAGUAAACCCCAGCUCCUUGAGAACCGAGAGCGACAGAAGUCAUCAGCAAUCCUGGAGGAGCUCGUCAUUCAAGGAAUAAUACAGAGCUGCAGCACAGUCUUUAGAAACGGGGAGUCGUAUGAUGUCAUGGUGGACACGACUGAGAAGCCACUGAGAAAGCCGCCAGCCAGGCUGAAAAAACUUAAAAUCAAGAAGGAAGUGAAAGCGCUCACUAUGAAGGACAUACAGGAGAAGAUGCAGGCCGCGGAGCAGCGCCGGAAGUCAAAAGAAGAAGCAAUAAGGAAAAGGCUACGGAAUGACCGACUUCUGCCCACAGCCCAGGACUCAGAUCUGGCUGACCUGGGCAGGGCCGAGACUCUGUUACCAAAAGAACUUCUGGCUGUGAGAUCUACUGCUGACCAGUCCCACCCGCAGGCCGAGGAGCAGCGGAAGAGGGAGAAGAGUGACAGCGAUGUGGCCGCCCUCAGGAGGACUGAGAACUAUGCGGGUUUGGGGGUUGUAGAGUCAGACAUGUCCUACAACCAGGAGGGUGACAUAUUCUAGGAAGCCCUGUGUGUGUUUGUGCGUGAAGUUCACAACCAGGUGCCCAUUCUCUCCAGUUGGGAGUCUUAGUGUCUCUGUCUUGUGUUCUUUGACAUCAAUGGGAUUCUACUCAUGUGAUUUCUGCCAUGCAUUGGGGGAGGGCUUGUGAGCUGCAGGGCUGUGUUUUUGCUUAGAAAGUUGAAUGGCUGUGCUCAUCAGGAAGGAGAGGUUGGCAUGCUCCCUCAGUGUGGCUUCCAGCAUUGACUAGAGGUCUCUCAUGCAGGAGUGCCUUCCAGCUUACGUGGAGGUUUGUGCCAAAAGAAGCCUUUGUUUGCACUGCUGCCCCUUGGCUGUGCUCGCUGAUGGUAAAUUGUGCACAUGUGUAUGCGAUGUGUCAAUAUCUCUGUGUUUUUUUUAGUGCUACAUGUGUGGGUUUGUUCAUUUUCAUUUUUUGCUGUCAAGAAAUCAAGUGACAACUUGAAGUUGGUCUUAUUACAGUUUUAUCCGUAAAAUUUAAGUAAGCCAUAUCCAUUGUUUGGAAUUAUGUGAAGUAUGGGGCCUGGGGAUGUAGCUCAGGGGUACAGUGCUUGCCUGCCAUACCAGAUCCUUAGCUUUAAUCUCUGACACCCCAUGAAAACCAAAACCAAAAAAUAUUACCACAAAAGAAUUUGCGAAGCAUGGAGUUAACUUUAUACUGAAUAAGCAAAGCUUCCGUUAGAAUGAGGAUGGGAGGAAGGGAGGGCGGAGAGUCCACCUUGCUGACAGCUCCUCUUUCCUACACACACUCUGAGCCAGGGGCAUGCUGCGCUGUCUCACUCUCCUAUGACCAUGCCCAGCCAGGGCGCAGGCCUGAAGAGGUUACAUUCUGAAGAGCUCACAUGCACUUUUCUUACGUUUCUCUUGUUACUCCUUAGUUUAGACCGUACUACCCACUAUCAUUCCAUAAUUUUCUCACAUUCUAUACAAGUAUAGUCUAAGACCCUUUAUUACCCACUCCCUUGUUAUCAAUAUGAAAGUACAGGCUAGGGCUGGUGAGAUGGCUUAGCAGUUGAG